AUGUCUGGAAUAGCAGUACGUCGUCUUUCGGCAGAGCGCAAAGCCUGGAGGAAAGAUCAUCCGUUUGGAUUUGUUGCUCGACCAUCUAAGAACGCGGACGGCACAUUGAACCUGUUUGAGUGGGACUGUGCCAUCCCUGGGAAACAAGGUACACCCUGGGAAGGAGGCCUGUACAAGUUACGGAUGAUAUUCAAGGAUGACUACCCCUCCACGCCACCAAUCUGCAAAUUUGAGCCCCCCGUGUUCCACCCCAACGUCUUUUCUUCGGGCCAAGUGUGUUUGUCUUUGUUGGACGAGGAUAAGGGAUGGCGAGCGGCGACCACGAUGAAAGACAUUUUGCUUGGGAUACAGGCUUUACUCGACGAGCCGAAUGUCGACGACCCGGCGCAGCUCGAGGCAUCGGAGGUAUACAAGCGAGAUGCCCAAGAGUAUAGGCGACGUGUAAUUCAACAGGCGAAAAAUAUGCCACCGCCUGAAUAG